AAAGCAAUGGUUCACAAAUGGACUAAAAGCAUCAUGAAAGAAAAAGGCUAAAAGCUCCAUAUAUAUGAUUUAGCUGCAUGAAAAAUAUAGCUUUCUAGCCUAAAAAGAAAUAAAAUUAAAUAAAUAAAAGGAAAAAGGGACAAGGACUAAUAAUAAGGUUGGAAAAAGACUUUUGUAGGGUAGUUGGUCAUUAUAAAUGCUUAAUAAUUUUCACCCUUAGUGUUCUAGUUCUGGUUUUCUCCUCCAUAGAAAGUUCCCAUUUUUCGUUCAACCUUUAGAAUCUCUCUGCAACUUAAUUUUUUUUUUUUUUCCACCGGCACAAACAUUUCUUUUUUUUUUUCCGUUCCUUUCUUUCUUUCUUCAAAUAUGCAUGGCAUGGCUUCUCCAUUGAUGUCUCUCCUUGCAAAGUCCACCAUAAUCAUCAUCCUCUUCCUUCUCUUCUUGUUCAUCCUCAGCUGCAUCAUUAUCAUCAUGGUCGGUUGGAGAAUAGCUUGGCUUUCAUGGUACCACCACCACAAUAUAGCAGCCAGAAAUGGUUCCUUUGCUUCUUCUUCUUCUUCUUCUUCUCAUCAUCAGCCUUCUCUUCCUAGCAGAGGUCUUGACAAAACCAUUCUCCGAUCGCUUCCCCGGAUUGCAUACAAUGCUAAUGUAAAUGGGAAGCUCUCGGAGUGUGCAAUAUGUUUGAUGGAGUAUGUGGAUGGAGAUGCUAUCAGGGUUUUGCCUCAUUGUGGCCAUACUUUCCAUAUGAACUGUGUUGAUAGGUGGCUUAAGUGCCAUUCUUCUUGUCCUUCUUGCCGGCAUAUCCUAGCCAUCGGACGGCCUUGUCAAAAGUGUACCGGCUUCUGAUUCACUCGUGGUAUUCACCAUAGUCAGAAAAAGAUGAUGAGAAAUAUGCUUUGCAGGUUUUUCUAAUUUUGUUUCUGCUUGAUGAAUAUAUAUAUAUAUAUAUAUGCAUGUAUCUUCCACACCAAAGAGAAAAAUUUGAUAAUGUUGUUCUUGGGUUUAUGUAAAUUAUGGUGGCUUUUGUUUGGGGCCUUUUUUUUUUUUUUUUUAAAUAUAUAUAUAUAAUAUACUGUCAUAUAUAUAUAUAUAUAUAUAUAUGAGGGUUCUUGGUGAAAAUUGAACAAACUUGUUAAUAAUGGGGAAGAUGAGUUUAGGGGGUCAAAAUUGUAUUGAAGCUUUUCAUGAUCCAAUUUUUGGGUGUGAAUUUGAGGCUUCGUUUCGAGAGGAAAGCUAACAUAAAAGAUCAAGUUUAUGUUAACUAUAGCUGUGCUGAUCAAAGAGUUAAAGAAGGACCGCAAAAAGAGACUACGAAAUUUCAAGCUGCAAAUCUUGAUGCAGAUCCUGUGUUUAGCAUAUGAAACUCAAUGCUAUCAAACAUCAGAGCAAAACAAGAGUAACGUGAGAGGUUAUGGGCAUACUGUCGUCUGAACUGUCACUGAUCAACAAGGUAUGGGCAUACUCCAGUUUGGAACAAUUCACAUUUCACUAGCAUUAUGGCAAAAGGUUGACAUUUUUCUUUGCUCAUAAAAUCACCAAAAAAAAAAAAAAAAAAUCAAAAUCAAAAAUCAAAAAAAAAAAAAAAAAAAAUGUAUUAGAUGCAAUUUGUACUGUUUAAUACCCUGGCAUGCCAUUGAAGAUAUCAAAUUGGACAGCUUUUGUACAAAGUGGGAUUUAGGAAAGAAAAUUUCUCAAGCUUUCUACAUUGCUCUUCUACUUAGAUCAUACAUAACCACAUAACCAGCCACAAUGAAACAGACUUUGCCCUGGAUACCUCUCGCUCAAUGGUAGAUUCGAACUUUCUUCCUGAUGCAGGCUGGUUUAGCCGUGCACAAACAGAGCUUACAUUCAAUAGUUUCGACCCACCGAAACAAACAAGUUAUACAGAAACCUCUGAAGCUUGUUCAUUUUCAUGUAUAACAAAUGAGAGAGGAAAGAAAUGGUUCUUUCUACACAAAUCAAACACAGAAUUCCAAAAAAUCCAUACACAACAAAGAAAUGAAAACAAACGUCAAAAUUUUAAUUCCUUUUUUUUUUCUUUUUUUUUUUUU